AUGGUGGGAGACUUCAGGCCAGCAUCUGAAGUGCUUGUCCCAGCACUCUGCUGUGUGCCAGCGGACAGGAGCAGGCCAGCCUGCCCUGCUCCUCCCGUCUCCGAGGCCAGCCCAGCCCACGGCACCGUGUGUCCCGCAGGUGUGCUGGCCCUGCCGGCGGCCGCCGCGGCGCCGCCGCUGCCGCCCGUGCCGGGCAGCCCGCUGUCGGACAGGGAGUACCAGCGCUUCUUCGAGAGGCUGCGCCCGCCCUGGCAGGCCAACACGCUGUGCCUGCUGCGCCAGGUGUACGGCUGCCUCAGCCCCACCAUCCUGCUGCUGGACCAGGACGAGAACCACGGGGAAAUCCCCAAGGGGCCGGUCUGCUCUGAAUUCCCAGAGGUGGUGCAGUUCCAGAGCUUCUGCCAGUUCGCCCAGUAUCGCUGCCUCAAACAGCAGUUCUUUGUCAAGCGAGUCCCGUGCUCGGGCCGGUCUCUGGCAAGGCCUCUCCCGACGGAGCCGUCCAGCACCGCCACCUCCUCGGCAGCGGGCAGAGGCUCCCCUGUCACACAAGGUCAGACUCCACGGCCGACGGAACGCCCCACAGCCACGGCAGGAGUGCCCACAGCCACGGCAGGAGUGCUCACAGCCACGGCAGGAGUGCCCACAGCCACGGCAGGAGUGCCCACACCCUGGCAGAAGGGCAGGACCAUGCACACACCAACUCCCUGGGCUGCCACCUCACCCUCCAGGGUGGAAUCCCUUGAUGACCAAAGCCUGAGGAAAAGCAUCUGGCAUCUGAUCCAUUCGGCCCUCUCCUUGGAUGCAUCCUUGGACACCAAGGACUCCUCUUUGAACUUCACCAGCUCAGGCCUGGGACCCACAUCAGCGCAGCAAAUCCCCCCCCGAGGCAGCCUUCUAGCCCUGCAGAACGACGAGGCAGUGCUGGUCCUGUGCUAUGCAGUGCUGGAGGGAAACUGCCUCUCAUCAAUGCUCACCAUGGCCUGGAAGGAGAUGGAAAAAAGAGUCUUUGGGUUUGGAGACUCGGUGUGUGACAACCUCGGGCGGCACCACGUGGACCUGUGCCCCGACUGUGCCUUCUGCUCGCUGAAGAGGGAGCAGUGCCAGAACAUCGAGACCCUGAACCGCAUUCCCUGCGACUCGGGCAGCUUCUCCACCUACAUCAACCCUCAGAUCUCGUCCCAGUACGAGGAUGAAGAGGGCAAGUCCAAGUCCUCAGAGACCCUGGAGGACUAUGACAUGGACUUUUUGAGUGGGACGAAUUUGGAGUACUGGUGCAGCCGGAUGGCCAUCUAUGGCUGUAAGGACCCUGCCGUAUCCUUCUGGCUGAAGGUAGACUAUGACGCCUUCGAAGACGGCGAUGGCUCAGGAAAGAUCUGUGACUCGAGCGGAGUUAAGCAUCCCAACUACUGCAUGUUCAAGAGCUACCAGUGCCUCCUGAAGAACAUCUACAACGAGAGGGUGACCCGCGUGGAAUGCAAGCCCAACAAGACCUACCAGGUGCUGAGUGCCAAGGAGGGAGACAAGGAGGUGCAGCUGUGGCAAGCGAGGUUCCAGAGGCUCUCCAGGCAGCAAUCAAAAAAUGAUUAA